CUUUACUUUCUUUCAUCUUCUUUGAUCCAAUAGCCAUGACGACAUGCUCAUCAUCAUCAUCAUCAUCAUCAUCGUCACCUAGAAAGCUCCAAUAUCCUAUCGAUGACAAUGAUUGGAUCAGCAAACUCCCAGACGAGUUAUUGCAAUUGAUUCUCUCAAAAUUGUCCACCGAAGAAGCUGUAAGAACAAGUCUUUUAUCGUCACGAUGGGAGGAUGUGUGGAAAUGGAGGUCUCAUCUCGUCCUCGACAUGAACAAGGUCUUGGAAACAACCCCCAAUGAAGAUUUGCACCGAGUUUCUGUUGAGUUGGCUAGGUCAAUGACCAAGGCUAUAAAUAAUUACCAUGGACACCUAGAAAGAUGCAUUAUUCAGCAUUAUGUAUCCCAAUGUAAGGAUGGUACGCUCCAAAGUUGGAUCCACUCAGUGACUCGUUUGGAACACACAAAAGAUCUCACACUUGUAAACUACAUCCCUGCUACAAGGCGUUGCACAAGAGCUAGUUUGCUCAGCUUGCUCCCAGAUACAUUUUCACAUCAUAGCCUCACUUCACUAUCACUUUGUGGAUACACCCUAAUAGGUCCACGUGCCUUCAGCAAUUGCAAGAAUCUUAAGACCCUCAAGCUUAUAAACGUUGUCAUCUCACAAGCUAGUGUCCUUAGUGGAGUUUUAGCAGCUUGCUCCUCCCUCGAGGUGGUUGUGUUGAAAGUCAAUUUCCUAACCCCACGUGGUGUGUUGAAGAUUGAGAACAACAACUUGAAGUUCUUGCAAUUGUCUUUCCUUUACGAGAUUGAUAGGAUGGAAGUGUAUGCAACUUGUCUAGAUGUUCUAGACAUCAGGUGUAUCAAAGUUAAGAGAGACAACUUCAUCCUCGUUGCUCCCAAUAUCCAGGUUAACACAAAUGCUUGGUUGGAUGAUCACGGCUGUAUGGAUUGUCCUCACCUCUACUAUCAUGUAUCAUCAUAUCUCGCUCAGGAGGAAAAAAACAUUUGGCAUGAGCUUUUGGUGAGUGACUUUCAUGAUAUGAGACGGUCUGGGUGUUUAUCAGUGAGUGUAGAUUUAACUGAUCCGGAAGAAGUGGAGAUACCGAAGGAAGUUUUGCUUAUGUGGACCGAUCUUUUGAUGGAGUUUGAGAUCUUGUUCAAGAACAAGAAAUCUCCUAUAGAAGAAGGUGAAUGUUCUACUAACGACAGAACACAUGCAAAACCGUUCCUUAACGGUGAUUUAUGGUUUUAUAAUGUGUGGUUGUAUAAUUUUGAUGGUUCGAAUGAUGAAGAGUUUGCGUUUGCUUCACAUUUGUUGAUGCAAGAGACAGUGAUAAUUAAGAUGAUGAUCGAGACUUCUUCGUUUCCUCCGACGAAGAAGUUGAAUGCAGAAGCAGCUGUGGCCAAGUUGAUGGAACUUCCUAAACGUUACAAACAUUUUAUUGAAUGCUUCUGAUGAAACUUUGGUUCCAUUAAUAGUAUAAACUGUUUACUAGCCUUUUCUUUAUUUUAUCUGUGGAUAAUGUUGUUUUCGUACUUAUUUUGUGUUCUACCAUUUGAGAAUUUAUGACUAAAACAAAUAGAUUUGAGAUUUAAAUUGUCUUAAUCUUGAUUUAGUUUGAGUUAUGGAUCUAACUCAUACAUAACUCAAAAAUGUCAUCAAUCAUGCAUUAAAUUUAGUUUUUAUUUUAUUUUAAAUUUGAAUUAUCAUGUAUUAUGGUUGAGUCACAAUUUUGAGUUACACCUUUUGUAAAAUUGUUAAAUCAAAACUUAAUGCAACAUCAUGACUAAUCCCAUGUUUUAGAAUUGAGGUACAGUUAUAGUUAAAGUUUCUGUCUAAAGUACAAGUGAAAAUAAUAAAUUCAAAACACACACCACGUACAGAAAAGCUUUAUGUUAUACGUUUUGGAUUUUUUGUUCGUAAAUAAAUAUUAUUUAUAUUUCCAAAACCACCAUAGCAAUAUCUUAUUCUUUU